CGAGAGCUGCAGCUGAGGGCUGCGAGAGUUCAGCCGACAAACAAAACACGCUGGAGCAACUCUAAGCUGACAAGCGUUAACCUUGUGUGUGCGUGUGUGCUGGACUUUAAUGACUUUCAAAGUGGAUUGCCUGCUCGCUUUUUCUACUUCUGAGGAAAAAGAACCUGAAAGACAGUCCAAAGUUGGUUCCUGCGUUCACAAGUCACCAAUGGCUGCCGUGCGUCCGAUGCUGACGGAGGCAUCCAGCUUCCAUGUCCUCCCGGCGCACCUGAUGGCUUCGGCUAUGGAGGAGUUCCCUCAGCAGCUGCCCGUCCUCAAGGGCCCGCCCAGGGGCAAGUGCCGCGCCCGGCGACCCCGCGAGGCCCGUUUCAAAACCCAGCCGGUCACCUUCGCCGAGAUCGCCGAGGUGGUGGAAGAAGAAGGCUCGUCGCCUCUGGAGGAGGAACGGGCUCGCCGCUCCUUCCUGCAGUCCCUGGAAAACCUGAGGAGGAGCACCCAGACCCUGCACUGCUCCCCAGGUGCCCACCGUCAAUGCACCCCAUCGCCCACGCUGGCCGGCAUGGACUCCAGUGACUCUGACUCCACCCAGUGAAGGGUGGGUGGGGCUCCACGACCCUCGCGGUUCUUCUUGGAGGUUGAAGUGACCCAAACGGCGGCAAAGUCUGCUUUUAAUAUACCUGCUAACAUAUCGACGUGCGGCAGAUGCAUCAAGUGACUUGCGCCGUGUAGAAGCAGGCGGCGCUGUUUCCGCCUUUCUACUGUAUGCGCUUUAAGAUUCGUUGCGCGACAACAUUGAAACAUUUUAGUGUACUUUAAACCAGCGGCUUUAAAAGUGAGAUAUGUGGGCUCCCUCUAGUGGUUUGCCAGUGCAUCACUCAAUUAUUUGGGGCUUUAAAUGUGCAUAACCUUUUUGUUAAACUUGUUCUAAUCCAACGUUUCAGUUCACUUGUAUCUAACAAUACAUUUGAAUUUAACCAUUUAGAAUGGUUGGUUUUGAAUCUUUUUUUUAUGUGCAAUUUCACGCAGUCAUCUACAAAGAAACCUAAAUAGCAUAUAAGACAGCAUCAACUUUGUUUUAAGGUUUGAAAUAUAUUCCUUUUCUACUGUCGCGCUUUUUAUAAAGACACAGCGGUGAUUUUUUUUUAUUAUUAUUAUUGUUAUUUUUUUGUACAUCCAGAAAAAGAAAAGUGAAGCGCUACUAGCCGCACCACUAAUGUUGUCAGUAGCACGACGAAGCGAUAGUGGCCUGGUUCACGCUCUCGGCGGUGAAUGAACACGUAUGAAGAAAAGUGAAAACUGUUUAUUUAUUCUCUUGAUUUGCUCAUAACCAAAUGUGAACUUUUGCUACGCUCUUUUGACUCGAGAAGUCGCGUUGACUUUUAAAACAAAACUGUCAAACUUUCCACUGUGCUUUCUAUUCAGUAUACUCAACGCAAUGUUGUUUUAAUAAAUAUGUUCAAGUA